AUGCAGUGGCAGUCAGCCCUGCCCAUGCCUGUGGACGACUGGAGUCUGACCGCGGACUACCCAGUUUGCCGCUGCUGUCCUGCCAUGAGAGGCGUUGCCAAUGGCCUUCUCCCCCUUGGGCUGCUGUCGCUGCUGUGUGGGGUGCAAGGCUUCCUCCUGCCCAAUGCCACGCACCUGGAGAGGCUGCUGAGCAAAUACCGGGGAGACAGCCCUCACGCCCGAGCCCGCAGAGCCAUCCCGCUGGCCGACAAGGAGGAGAUCCUCAUGCUGCACAACCAGCUGCGUGGCCAGGUGUACCCCCCGGCCUCCAACAUGGAGUCCAUGACCUGGGAUGAGGAACUGGAGCGGUCCGCGGCGGCCUGGGCGCACGAGUGCAUCUGGGAGCAUGGUCCCACCAGCCUGCUGGUGUCCAUCGGCCAGAACCUGGCUGUCCACUGGGGCAGGUACCGCUCUCCGGGCUCCCAUGUGCAGUCGUGGUACAACGAGGUGAAGGACUACACCUACCCCUAUCCCCACGAAUGCAACCCCUGGUGUCCCGAGAGGUGUUCCGGGGCCAUGUGCACCCACUACACACAGAUUGUCUGGGCCACCACCACCAAGGUUGGCUGUGCGGUGCACACCUGCCGGCAGAUGAACGUCUGGGGCGACGUCUGGGAGAACGCCGUCUACCUUGUCUGCAACUACUCGCCAAAGGGCAACUGGAUUGGAGAAGCCCCCUACAAGAAUGGGAAGCCCUGCUCGGAGUGCCCCUCUAGUUAUGGAGGCAGAUGCAAGGACAACCUCUGUUACCGAGGCUCAUACAGUGCAAACCCAGAAACGGACGACAUGAACGAGGUGGAGGUGGCCUCGCUUCCAGAAGAAAACCAAGGGCCGAUCCAGCCGAGGGUGGUCAGGCCCACCAAGGCCAGCAGGACUUCCUCGACCAGCUACAUGGCCCAGGUCGUCAGGUGUGACACCAAGAUGAAGGACAGAUGUAAAGGUUCCACCUGCAACAGGUACCAAUGCCCAGCAGGCUGCUUGAGAAGCAAGGCGAAGAUUUUUGGGACGGUCUUUUAUGAGAGCUCAUCUAGCAUCUGCCGUGCUGCCAUCCAUGCGGGGGUCAUAGACGACAACGGGGGUCUGGUGGACGUCACCAGGAACGGGAAGGUCCCCUUCUUCGUGAAGUCGGACAGGAACGGCGUGGAGUCUGUCAGCAAAUACAAAGCUUCCAGUUCAUUCAUGGUGUCAAGAGUGAAAGUGCAGGACCUGGACUGCCAGACCACCGUCGCCCAGCUCUGUCCAUUUAAGAAGCCGACCACCCACUGCCCGAGGGUCCACUGUCCGGCGCACUGCAGAGACGAGCCGUCCCCCAGGUCUCCUGUGGUCGGAACCAACAUCUACACAGACACCUCCAGCAUCUGCAGGACGGCAGUGCAUGCAGGAGUCAUCCAUAACGAGAGUGGGGGCCUUGUGGACCUCAUGCCUGUGGACAAGAAGAAGGUCUACGUGGGCUCCACCAGGAAUGGAGUGCAGUCAGAAAGGUAG